UCCCUUCUUCUCCUCUCCUCUCCGUCGAGCUUAGAGUAUCUCCCAAAAAUGGCGUCGACGGUAGGAGUUCCAUCACUUUACCAAGUUCCUCACCUUGAAAUCUCCAAACCCAAUUCCAAAAAGAGGUCUAAUUGCUUAUCUUUAUCUCUUGAUAAGCCUUUCUUCACUCCUCCUAUCUCUCUUGCUCGUAGAACUCGUCUUAUCCACUCCUCUUCUCUUCUUGUUCCUUCUGCUGUUGCUACCCCUAAUUCUGUUCUUAGUGAAGAAGCUUUCAAAAGUCUUGGUCUUUCUGACCAUGACGAAUAUGACCUUGACGGUGACAACAACGUUGAAGCUGAUGAUGGUGAAGAACUUGCUAUCUCUAAACUUAGUUUGCCUCAGCGUCUUGAAGAGUCUCUUGAAAAGCGUGGUAUUACUCAUCUCUUCCCUAUUCAGAGAGCUGUGUUGGUACCUGCACUUCAAGGAAGAGAUAUUAUAGCUCGUGCAAAGACAGGAACUGGAAAGACUUUAGCUUUUGGUAUCCCUAUCAUUAAACGUCUCACUGAAGAAGCUGGAGACUACACUGCUUUCAGGAGGUCUGGUCGUCUUCCUAAGUUCCUUGUUCUUGCGCCGACUCGAGAGCUGGCUAAGCAAGUGGAGAAGGAAAUUAAGGAGUCUGCACCUUAUUUGAGUACUGUUUGUGUGUAUGGUGGGGUUUCUUACACCAUUCAGCAGAGUGCUUUGACUCGUGGUGUUGAUGUUGUUGUUGGAACUCCUGGGAGGAUCAUUGAUUUGAUUGAAGGAAGGAGUCUUAAAUUGGGAGAAGUCGAGUAUUUGGUACUUGAUGAAGCUGAUCAGAUGCUUGCUGUUGGUUUUGAGGAGGCCGUGGAAUCGAUUCUUGAGAAUCUCCCAACUAAGCGACAGAGUAUGCUUUUCUCAGCUACUAUGCCUACUUGGGUCAAGAAGUUAGCGAGAAAGUACCUUGACAAUCCCUUGAAUAUUGAUCUGGUUGGAGACCAAGAUGAGAAGCUAGCAGAGGGGAUCAAACUUUAUGCAAUUGCAACCACAUCAACAUCAAAACGCACUAUUCUAAGCGACCUUAUAACAGUGUAUGCGAAGGGUGGCAAGACCAUUGUUUUUACCCAAACAAAAAGAGAUGCAGACGAAGUUUCUCUUGCAUUGUCAAACAGUAUAGCUACCGAAGCACUUCAUGGAGAUAUAUCCCAGCAUCAAAGAGAGAGAACACUCAAUGCUUUCCGCCAAGGGAAAUUCACUGUAUUAGUUGCCACUGAUGUUGCAUCUCGUGGACUUGACAUCCCGAACGUAGAUCUAGUUAUCCACUAUGAACUUCCUAAUGACCCAGAGACUUUUGUGCACCGUUCUGGUCGUACUGGGCGUGCAGGGAAAGAAGGCUCUGCCAUUCUCAUGCACACCAGCAGCCAAAAGAGAACAGUGAGGUCUCUGGAGCGUGACGUAGGCUGCCAUUUUGAAUUCAUUAGCCCACCAACUGUUGGAGACUUGUUGGAAUCGUCAGCAGACCAAGUGGUGGCCACUCUAAAUGCUGUCCACCCUGACUCGAUAAAGUUUUUCUCAGCAACUGCUCAAAAACUAUAUGAGGAAAAAGGAACAGAUGCUUUAGCUGCAGCUCUAGCUCACCUGAGCGGUUUCUCUCAGCCGCCUUCAUCAAGAUCUCUCCUCAGCCAUGAGAAGGGAUGGGUGACUUUGCAAUUGAUCCGAGAUCCAACGAAUGCUAGAGGCUUUCUGUCUGCGAGGUCUGUUACUGGUUUUCUUUCCGAUGUUUACCGUACAGCUGCAGAUGAAGUUGGAAAAAUCUUCUUGAUCGCAGAUGACAGGGUCCAAGGAGCUGUUUUUGAUCUACCAGAGGAAAUCGCGAAAGAGCUCCUAGAGAAAGAAGUGCCAGAAGGAAACAGUUUAUCCAUGAUAACCAAGUUACCUCCACUGCAAGAUGAUGGACCGUCUAGUGAUAACUAUGGACGGUUCUCUAGCAGAGACAGGAUGCCUAGAGGAGGAGGAGGUUCUAGAGGGUCAAGAGGCGGUAGAGGAGGAUCAUCACGAGGUCGUGAUAGUUGGGGAGGUGAUGAUGACAGAGGAAGUAGAAGGAGCAGUGGCGGAGGAAGCAGCUGGUCCCGUGGUGGUAGUAGUUCCAGAGGAAGUUCUGAUGAUUGGUUGAUCGGUGGCAGAAGUUCAUCAAGCAGCAGAGCUCCUUCGCGAGAGAGAAGUUUUGGAGGUUCUUGCUUCAUUUGUGGGAAAUCAGGACACAGGGCAACAGAUUGUCCUGACAAGAGAGGAUUUUAGAGUUAUCUUAGCAAAUGGUUUCUGCUCUUGAGAGAAAGAUCCUUGUCCUUUUUUGGUGUUCUUAAUGCGAAUCUUUUCGUGCUUGCUUCAACCGUUUGUUUCAGACGGUAGAGAAGCAAUCAUGGAGGAGGAUACAUGCUUCAGACAGGGUAGAGCAGAAAAAAAUAAGAGAGGCAGAAGCAAAAGUAAAGGAGAAGGUUUUCCUCAAAUUGGCAUUUUCAGAGAUUGCUUGAGAAACAAGGGAAAGCUGAUGGAUCUUCUUAUGUUAGGGUUAUAAAUUUAUAAUAAUAGUCUUAAUGAUCAGUUUCCAUGUUUCUAAGUUUUUGUAUGAUUUAAGUGGUUUAUUAGUCAGUUUAUUUACACUACUUUUUAUUUUCAGUUUUGUACGUUUCUAUUAUUGUGUUUUGACAGAAGUAACUAUGUCAUUAUAAUAGAAUCGUUUUUGUCUU